UAGAAAAAAAUUGACAUGGAAUCACACUCUCUAUGCCAUUACCACCAUCAUCGUCAUCGUCAUCACCAUUCAUCUCUUCUAUGCUCUGCACAACUUGGUCUUCACAAAGUUGAAGUCUUUGUCACACUUCACGCACGGCACAAGCACAAAGUUUCUUGCUUUUCCACAACAUAGCACUCUCAGAUUCAGAGCAACAUAACAAUGUCAGAAUCUGAAGAAGAUAAAACAGACUUUGCUUCUCCAAAGUCAAAGGAGGAACAACAACAACAAUCACCACCUCAACUUCCUCCUCCUUCCGCCAUGGAUUUCGAUCUGGACUUGGAAACUUCGUGGCCUUUGGAUCACUUGUCCUUCGUCUCCAAUAACCCCAUGUCACCUUUUCUGUUCCCAAUCUCAUCUGAACAACCUUCUUCUCCUCUUUGGCUCUUCUCUGAUGCAGAAGAUGAAAGGCACAACAACACUCUUGCUUCAGCUCCAGCUUUCUCUGAUUUCCACAAGAUAUUCUCUUGUGAUUCAAACUCAGUAACUGAAAAACCAGUGGAGAAUGCUAAUGAUGAAGACAAGAAACUGUUGCCACCCAUUGUGGCUAUGCCACCAUUGGAAAUUUUGGAUAGAUAUUGUGUAAUAAAGGAAAGGAUGACACAAGCGCUUCGAUACUUCAAAGAGUUGACAGAACAGAAUGUUCUGGCGCAGGUUUGGGCACCUGUUAGAAAUGGUAAUAGGUUUGUGCUUACAACUUCAGGUCAACCAUUUGUUCUUGAUCCACAUAGUAAUGGACUCCACCAGUAUCGAACGGUGUCCCUGAUGUACGUGUUUUCGGCGGAUGGAGAGAAAGAAGAAAGUCUUGGACUUCCUGGUCGAGUUUAUCAGCAAAAAGUACCAGAAUGGACACCUGAUGUUCAGUAUUAUUCUACUAAGGAGUAUCCUCGCAGAGAUCAUGCACAACAUUACAAUGUCCGCGGUACCUUGGCUUUGCCUGUCUUUGAACCUUCAAUGCAGUCUUGUGUAGGUGUGUUGGAGUUGAUCAUGACUUCACAGAAGAUUAACUAUGCUCCUGAAGUUGACAAAAUUUGCAGAGCUCUUGAGGCAGUGAAUUUGAAGAGUUCAGAAAUUUUAGGCCACCAAUACACUCAGAUUUGUAAUGAAGGCCGCCAGAAUGCGCUAGCAGAGAUCUUGGAGAUAUUGACAGUGGUUUGCGAAACUCACAAUUUACCUUUGGCGCAAACAUGGGUUCCAUGUAGGCAUCGGAGUGUUCUGGCCCAUGGAGGUGGCCUAAAGAAAAGUUGUUCAAGUUUUGAUGGUAGUUGCAUGGGGAAAGUUUGCAUGUCUACAACUGAUAUAGCAUUCUAUAUCAUAGAUGCUCAUUUAUGGGGUUUCCGAGAGGCCUGUGUCGAACAUCACUUACAGCAAGGUCAAGGGGUUGCUGGCAGGGCUUUUUCUUCACAUAGCAUGAGCUUCUGCAGGAACAUUACCCGAUUCUGCAAAAUUGAUUACCCUUUAGUUCAUUAUGCUCUCAUGUUUGGGUUAACUAGCUCCUUUUCAAUCUGUUUGCGAAGCUCGCACACCGGAGAUGAUGACUAUGUAUUAGAGUUUUUUCUGCCACCUAGGAUCACAGACUUUAACGAACAGAAGGCUUUGUUGGGAUCCAUAUUGACAAUAAUGAAACAACAUUUCCAGAGCCUUAAGAUUGCUUCUGGUGUUGAACUUGAACAGAAUGCUUUGGUUGAAACUAUUGAAGCAACAAUUGAAGGAGUUCAUCUGAGGUUUGAAUCUAUUCCAGUUAGACAGGAUGCUUCACCAAAUGUGAGGGAGGAAUUGGCACAAGAUCCGUCGUUGCAGAAAAUAAUGAUGGGCUGUAAUGAUGGAGGGAGUAUUGGUGAUCAGAUACCCUCCUUAGAAACUAAAAACACAAAUAAGCCAUCAGAGAGGAAACGUGGGAAAACUGAGAAAUCAAUAAGUCUUGAAGUUCUACAACGUUAUUUUGCUGGGAGUCUUAAGGAUGCUGCAAAGAGCCUUGGUGUUUGCCCCACUACAAUGAAGCGCAUCUGCAGGCAGCAUGGGAUAUCCCGUUGGCCAUCUCGAAAGAUCAACAAAGUUAACCGUUCCCUGUCCAAGCUCAAGCGUGUUAUUGAAUCAGUCCAAGGUGCCGAAGGAGCAUUCACUUUGAAUCCUCUGAGCACAAGUCCUCUUCCCUUUCCUGAGCAUUCUACUCCAAACAAGUUCAGCCAGCAAGCCUCGCCAACUGAACCUCAGAUAAGAGAAAAUGAAUUAGAUGCCUCUAAAGUUUUAGAAACAACCAGAAUUGCCAGAGCACAGUGUCUCGAGAAAAUGGUUAAUGAUAAAAGCGGUUCUAUUCGGGAGGUAGGGAAGGAAACAAAGGGGCCUAGAGCAAAGAGUUGCUCUAGUGCAGAUAGCACAAAUCCUACUUCUCAUGGUUCAUGCCAUGGUAGCCCUCCUAUCGAAAGCUCGCCCGUAAAAGAUAUAUUCAUUACAUCAAACAAUGAUCAAUGUGUUGGUCUAAGGUCACCAGAGGCAACAAUGCAGCCGCCGAAUAAUACACUGAGCUACCCAACGACUUGCGCUAUGCCUGAUAUGGUGGCAACAGAACUUCAAGAGCCAUUCGGAGGAAUGCUAGUAGAAGAUGCCGGAAGUUCUAAAGACUUGAGAAACCUAUGUCCUUCUGUAGCUGAGGCAAUUGUGGAGGACAUGGCCCCGGAACCUUGCCGGACUAAUCCUCCAUUUUCUGGGUUGGCUCCCAAACAAUGCAUGGAUCCCCUUAAGGAGACAGUGACACCUUUUGCAUCUAGAAAAGAAAUGAAGACUGUCACUAUUAAGGCAACAUAUAGAGAAGAUAUCAUAAGGUUUAGGGUUUCUUUGAAUUGUGGAAUUGUGGAACUGAAAGAAGAAGUUGCCAAAAGGUUGAAACUAGAAGUAGGUACUUUUGAUAUCAAGUACCUUGAUGAUGAUCAUGAAUGGGUUUUGAUAGCAUGUGAUGCAGAUCUACAAGAGUGCAUAGAUGUUUCAAGAUCAUCAGCAAGUAACAUAAUAAGAGUUUUGGUGCAUGAAAUAACUUCCCAUCUUGGAAGCUCAUGCGAGAGCUCAGGGGAGUAAGUAGUAGCUGUAUAUAGCUCAAGUUUGUACUCAAAUGUUUAGGUUCUUGUGAUCUUAGGAAGGUAGGACAAAAAAGAAAAAAAAAAGGAGAUUUUGGUUAAGAUGAUCUCAAUUUGUAAGAAACUUAGAUGAAAGGAUUAGCAAUCCUUGGUAUGUAUGACCCCAAGUGUAAGUUACCAUUUAUUUAUCAUGAGAUAAAGCUAGGAUUCUUUGGUAACA